AUGUCCGCCUUCUGCCUGGGCUUGGCCGGCCGCGCUUCAGCACCCGCCGAGCCGGACAGCGCCUGCUGCAUGGAGCUGCCCGCCGCGGUCGCGGACGCAGUCGGGAGUCCAGCCGCCACUGCCCUCGUCUCCUUCCCCGGGGGCCCCGGGGAGCUGGAACUGGCGUUAGAGGAGGAGCUGGCGCUGCUGGCGGCUGGGGAACGGCCGUCCGACCCCGGGGAGCAUUCUCAGGCCGAGGUCGGGCCUCCGGCCGAGGGGUCCGGACUGCAGCCGCCACCCCCCCAGGAUCCCGAGCUGCUGUCGGUGAUCCGGCAAAAGGAGAAGGAUCUGGUGUUGGCGGCCCGGCUGGGCAAGGCGCUGCUCGAGAGGAACCAGGACAUGAGCCGGCAGUACGAGCAGAUGCACAAGGAGCUGACAGACAAGCUGGAGUAUGCUUCUGUGUUCGGGCCUCAUGCAUGGAAUUCGAUGGCCACAUGCAACCUAGGAGAACCAU